CGCGUGCCAUAUCGAGGGUUUAUAUGCAACUGUAUAGAGUAAAGUGCUACGGCGAACCUGUAUCGGCGCGUUUCACUGGUGCGCCACACGCACUUAAUAGUCUUGUGAACAUAUCAAGACAUAUUCUUGUCCUGUUCCUUUAAAAAGCAAGCAGCCCACGCCUCGACAAAAGCGGAUGGUUCCGGCUUGCAUCUCUUCUUUUUUUUUUUUUUAAUGCUCGCGCGCCACAUGAAAAUAGUGUCGAAGCACUUGUCUUGUGUCCUACGCAGUCGUUUUGCUUUGACGUUCAGCCAUAGGUGGAAGGACGGCGCCCGGGGCCGGGGGAGUGCGCCAUGCGAGGCCGCCUGCGAGGCACCGCGGCCGGCUGAGGAAGCUCUGUCAGCGGAGCAGCCGUUCGCCAUCAUUCGCUCCUCCGAGCCAGCGGACCACCUGAACCCAAAGUGCCGUUUCUUGCUUCAAGACUCAUCUCCAGGCCUCCUUUUCAUCAUUCUUUUGAUUUAUUAUUUUUUUGUGUUGCCAUCUUGAUGGACGAAGGAGAGCGCGUUUUGGCUGAGGAGGCGUGCGUGAGCGCUGGCCAGCCGCAGCUCGCUGCAAUGUCUUCCCCCUGAGCCUGACGCCGUCUCCUCCCCGGAGCCGGGAUGCCGGUGCAGGCCGCGCAGUGGACGGACUUCCUGUCCUGUCCCAUCUGCUACAACGAGUUCAACGGUAGCGGCCAGCAGCCCGUCAGCCUGGGCUGCUCGCACACGGUGUGCCGCACCUGCCUGCACAAGCUGCACCGCAAAGCCUGCCCCUUCGACCAGACGCCCAUCAGCACGGAUAUCGACCUGCUGCCCGUCAACUGUGCCCUGCUGCAGCUGCUCGGAGCUCAGGUUCCGGACGUGCAGCCAGUUAGCCUGAGCAGUGCGACAGAUGUUGGACACUAUGAGGCCUGCAGGGCGUGUGUGGAAGAGCUGGCGCUAUACCUCAAACCAAUUAGCGGCACGAAAGGCGUGGCCACGCCUCCGAGUCCGAGCGCACUCAGCCGUCCCAUGCAGAGGAAGCUGGUGACGCUGGUCAACUGCCAGCUGGUGGAGGAGGAAGGCCGCCUGCGGGCCGUACGAGCGGGACGCUCGCUGGGGGAGCGGACGGUGACCGAGCUCAUCCUGCUUCACCAGAACCCCCAGCAGCUGUCCGCCAACCUCUGGGCUGCGGUGAGGGCGCGGGGAUGCCAAUUCCUGGGGCCUGCCAUGCAGGAGGAUGCACUGAAGCUUGUGCUGUUGGCUCUGGAGGACGGUUCGGCACUGUCCAGGAAGGUGCUGGUGUUGUUUGUUGUGCAAAAGUUGGAGGGGCGCUUCCCUCAGGCUUCCAAAACAAGCAUUGGCCAUGUGGUGCAGCUCCUCUACAGGGCCUCCUGCUUCAAGGUAACCAAGCGAGAUGAAGACUCCUCACUGAUGCAGCUGAAGGAGGAAUUCCGCACGUACGAAGCUCUGAGGAGAGAACACGACGCUCAAAUUGUGCACAUCGCCAUGGAAGCUGGCCUCCGCAUCUCGCCCGAGCAGUGGUCUUCUCUGCUGUACGGGGACCUGGUCCACAAGUCGCACAUGCAGUCCAUCAUUGACAAGUUACAGUCUCCAGAGUCGUUUGCAAAGAGUGUCCAGGAGCUGACCAUCGUCCUGCAGAGGACAGGAGACCCGGCCAACCUCACCAGUCUCAGAGCUCACCUGGAGCUGCUGGCCAACAUAGACCACAAUACAGACGAUGCAGCACCAUCCUGGGAAGAGCUGGAAAAUGUGACGUUGGCUGUGAAGUUGGUGGUUCAUGGCCUGGUAGAAUUCAUCCAAAACUUCAGUAAGAAAGGCCACGACACCCCGCAGCCUCAGGUGAACAGCAAGUAUAAGACCAGCAUGUGCAGGGAUCUUCGUCAUCAGGGAGGUUGUCUGAGAGGAAGUAACUGCACAUUUGCACACACGCAGGAUGAACUCGACAAAUUUCGCCUGAAGAACAAGAAGAGCGGAAGUCUUGGCCGUGCAUUCCCUCCAUCCGGUGGUAAAACCUUCACGGCGGAGGGCGGCAUCCACACUGACGGUGCCGCGGGAGUCGGAGAGGACACCCUGAAGGAAGGUGGCCCUCACCCGCAACUCGUCUCCAGAGGAGCUGAGCCCAUGGACGACAUUGCGAGAGUCGUGCCCAGCGAAUCCGUCGGGGCAAGUGGGUCCAGUAUGACCUUCCUGGGUUCAGCUGAACCGAAGCCAGCGUCCCCUCCCGGAACUCCCGUCAGCCACUCCGCAGCGUCGUUUCCUUUGACUGCCAUGGGACGGGUGACUGAUGGUGGCGGGGGCUCAGUGUCCAAACACGGUGGUCCCCUCAUGCUACGAGUGCCUCAUCCUUCUCAGGCCUCGGAGAUGUUCUACCAGGAGCAACAAUCUGCGUACGACACGGCCCGCUACCAGCCAAACUCAGGUUCCUACUGCCCAUCAACUCUCCACCCUCCACACAAACCCUGCAUGGCUCGCUUUCUCAGAUCUUCCAACGUCCCAGAAUCCUCUUUGCCGCCGUCCCCCUUUCCCGGCGAGCCUCAGAUAGCCCAUCAAAACCCCUCCUCUCCUUCCGCGGGAUAUCCACCGCAUCCGCCGAGAGAGCGCAUGGGAACCGCCGUCUUCCACCACCACCCGGGGCAGCCUCCGUAUGGACCCCUGGCUUCUGCCCACGGGGUUUAUGCACCGCUUUACGACAGCAGAAGAGUGUGGAGACCUCAGCUGUACCAUCGAGAGGACGCCAGGAGUAAUUCGUUGCCUCCGGAGGUGCUGCAUUCCUCCGUCUACCAGCCUCCACUCAGGGAGAGAUUCAACUCGCUAGACAGCAACUUCUGCUCCGGAUCCGAGCACCGUGCGGCGCUGCACAGGGAGUACGGCCGUGUCCCCGUGGUCUACGACGACCUAUUCCGACGUAAGCAAGAGCAGUGGGCGCAUCACCACCACCAUCAUCAUCAUCAUCAUCACAGCGCCAGCAGGCCCUCGCAGCCUUCAGCCAUUUUCAACGUGGACUUCGGACCCGAGCAUGUGGAGACCGGUGCAGGUCAGUGUAUGGGGUGCCGCUUCAGAGGCGAGGAGAGCCUGGCGCGCUACUCGCCGUGGUCCUGCGGCUCGACCGUUGGCCCCUGUCUCAGCCCCUUUGAACCUGAGGCACUCACACCAACGGCGUCUCACUCCGCCUUGGAGCAGUCGCAGUUGGACGGGUGCAGCAGCGGCAGCGGCGCAGGUGUUAGCAGCGACGGCAGCGUCACUUGCGGCGGCGUCCCAAAGUGCUGGCUUCACUCGUCGGAUCACUACAGGCGACUGAAAGAAGAGGAUCCCAUCAUUCCCUUCAGCGAGGGGCCCAUUAUCUCCAAGUGGGGGGCCAUAUCCAGGGCGUCUCGCUCGGGCUAUCACACCACCGAUCCCGUCCAGUCCACCGCUUGCCAGGCUGGCGCCAGCACCACGCCCGUCAACUUUAAAGAUUAUAACUGCCCCUUGGAUCGCAGCGAGUAUCGAUGGUGCUCAAGGGGAUCCGAUUCUUCCAGCCACUCCAGCUUCCGAGAAAGCCACCAGACAACCUUCAGCCAAGAUCGGGACUGUGACAAGAGCGAGCCGGGCCCCGAACGAGACAUUGAGCUUGAGCUGCGCGCUCUGGACAUGGAGGACUCGGAGCCACAGGACACCGCGUCUCAGGAUUCUUUGGAGCUGGCCGCGCCAUACUCCGAAGAUGCUUCUCACCUCCUGGCACCGACUUGCUCUUCUCCGUUGCUGUCAUCCCCGCUCAAGGAACACCACGCUGAGGACACUUCAACGGAUAAAAUGGACGCUUACCUGCUGAAAAAGAUGGCCUUCAGGAAGUCGCUGUCACCCAUAGGCUUGGUCUCGGGAGGUCUGGCCGUCGGCAAGCUGGUGCUGCGGACGGGAACGCCUCUGCCCGGCGGCGACUCCUCCCCUCGCUCUUGUCCAGAAGCGCCCGGGACGGAGAUGCUACUUAGUGGAAGCUAAGGGAUAUUUCAUAUCACAACAACAUCACCCUCCACACGCACUUUGACAUCAAAUGAUAUAGUUUACAUAAAAUUCAUUCUGUUGUGGUUUUAACACAGCAGGACCCCCAAGCGCCCCCACCCCCCCACCCCCAUGUGAAGGUGAGAAUGACUAAUUUAUAAAUGUCUGGGUGUGGUUUUUGUUCUAUGAGUUUAAAACGAUUGCGCAUACUUUUUUGUAUUGCUCGUGCCUUGGAAAAACAUCUGUCUUUUUCUAUGACGCAUGAAUACUUUAUUCGUCUUGCGAUGGGCAAAUUUGCGACAUUUCAGCGGCAAUAGUGGACGCAAGAAAGGGAAAAAAAGAAGAUAUCGCGUGCGACGGAAGAAAAUGUACCAAUUUUGCAUGCUGAAACACAAUAACGCAGUUCUACUAUUUCUACCACUUUGACUUCUACUUCUAACAAUAAUUUAUUACUGGUUUCACAUACAGUGGCACCACCAAAGUCCGAAUUAUUUUCCCAUAGGAAAUAAUGUAAAAUGAGCUCAAAUUGUGCAACAAAAACAAAUUCCUGACAGGCGCAUUGAGAGGCAGCGGGUCUUAAAGGUACCACAUAUAGUACUUCCUUUAUGCUUAUAUUGGAGUGAGGGGCCAGACUUUUCCUGGUUAUUGUCACACUUUUCAAAUGGGGAAAGGAAAAAAAAAUUUGAACAAAUUCGUUUUUCCUAAAGUGACCCCAAAUACACACAAAUGGGUUAAAAAUGUCACUCCUUUACACAGAUGAUGCAAUGUUGCUGGACACUGAGUAAAAUUUCUGGUUUACCACUCUGUGUUAAAUCGCGGAAAAGGCUGCUAAUGGCAGUAAAAGAGUCAAAAGCAUAUGAGACAUAACCCUACGGUAGUUUGUGUGGUUGCGUAAGGAGCACAAGUCGAACAGAGCACUUGCAAAAAAAAACCCCCCAAAAAAGCACCUUCCCCUGACAAUGUUGAUUAAGAUUAUUCAUUCAUUUACAAUUGUCAGGCAGGCUAUUAGAUUGUUUGGAAAAGAUCUGUAAUUAAUAACUUGACACGGGCGAUGACGAAGCUAUUUUAAAAUGACCCGGAACAUACUUUAGAUGUCGUCCUGGAAAAUGAAUGGAAAAAAAAAAUCUGGAUUCAUUGUGGUCAUCUGAUGAUGCCAUCAGGCUCUAUGCAUCAAUCAAACAUGACACCACGCGUUUGGCGGUUAGCUUUGGAAUGUCAUCCCCAGCGGGAGCGGAUCACAAAUGUCUCGUCUGCGUGGUGACUCAAAACAAGGCUUUUCUUCUACAUGUCAUAUGAUGCUUUGAACUGAGGCCACCAAGGAAUGGCCGAUGGUGCCGUCAUGAGGUCCCAUGACUUUUGCGCCGUUAUUCAUUGCUGCAGGUGACACCAGAAAACACGUUAUCAAACUAGAGUCAAUUAAAGGUUGCGAUCCUUGCCAUUUGUUGUACUCACAAAAUAUGAUAUUAACCCUCUGGUGCAUGGAUUAUGAAAGCCUGAAUUAAUGUUUUUGUUUCUUUCUUUCUAGUGCAUAAGAAAAACAAAAUUGUGAUUCUUCAAACUUUUUUGAGUGUGCCGGAUAAGUAUUAUACAACAACAUCCCGCAGUAUCUCAACACCCGCAUCAUCGAAAUGUCUCUGAAUGUUUCUUUCAAAUAAAGGGGAGCCGCAAAGAGCAUUUCAAAACCCCGUUAGGAAUUUCCACCGUAUAAAUCAUUGUAUGUAGAAGAAAAUGGCUCUUAAAAUCCUGUGCACUGUAGUAACCGCGAUGCACCAGAGACUGGGGUGCGCAACCUAAAGCCUGUGGGCCAUAUAUGGUCCCUUAAAGCAAAUAUAACUAGAACUCAAACCUAAGAAGCUCUGUCAUGAAAGCCCCCCUGCUAACAUUGAAUCUACCUGCAUGGUAGUCGUUCUGUUCCCUUCUGGUCUUUGUUUUGUUUGUGCAUUUUGUGCAGCCGCUAACUUCUGUGAAGUUGUUUGUCCGAGUAUUUCGUAUCAGGACUGCAAUCACGAUAUUUGAAAACGUUCACGGUGUCGUAAAUAUAAAACCUGGCGAUGUGCAUACAUAUCCUCUGUACUGUAUAUGCAUAUCCUAGUCAUAUUUUGUUAUGGCAUAUGAGAACCGCUUGGGAAAUGAAUAUUUUGUACGCUUUUUGUAUGUCAACCAAGUUCAGCUCUGUGAGCCACCGUUGCGCCGCAUCUGUUGACAACACUUUUCAAGUCAUCUCAAGUGCCAUCGAAUGAACGAUUAGCAAGAACUGUGAGAUAAUAUUUUUGUUAUCAAACUUAACCUGAGGUUUCCCCAGUAAAGAAUUUUGUUGCUCCGCAAUUAUCGUCAUGCCAUUAAAUUAUCUGUGCAAGUACCGUGUUUCCUCAGAUAGCGGCCCAAGGCAAUGUGGUACUUAACUGUGAACGUUCAAACUGUGCAUAAUGUUACAGUGACUUGCAAGAGCAUGCUACUUGUUUGCUCAUUCAUACUGAUUAUUAUUCUUAGAAUUAUUAUUAGUUGUUGUGAUUGUAUUCAUGGUUUGGGUUCUAAGAACUUGUGCGUCUUAACUCUUGAUAUUAUAUGGGGGGGAGGGGGGGGGGAUAUUUGUUAAAUGUGAAACAUAAACAGAUGAACUGAUGUUUUCCUGUUACUCAUGUCUGUAUUAGACGCUUUAUUCGCAAAUCUGUUGUUUGGUUGAAACUAUUGAAGAGAUGGUAUGCAUCCAUCCUUGUAUCUACUCCGGCGCCAUCUAUCGAUGGAUUGCUCGGUUUAUUUAUCUGACCCGAUCAGAUUUGGUUGAAGGUUCGAGUCAGUGGGGCAGUUGUCUAAUGUUUCAGAAGGAAGAAAAUGAAAAUCCUUGAGAGACGGUAUAAUGUAACACGUCCCUUCAUUGAAAUAAUACAGUUAUGUAUUCCAUUUAUUUCCUUGGAAAUGCCACUUUACGAAAGUUUUCCUUUUUACGAAAUGCGAACGCUUGACGACACUAAAGUCUACGUGUUGAUGAAGAGUGACUUUUAAAUGAUUCAUUUCGACGGCCGGCGUGUGAGCAACUGGCUAUUGUGAGCGUGGCUGUGUGGGUUGUUUCUUUGUCUUUUCUUGCAUAUGACAGUGAUGUUAAGCAACAAAGUGCUUCUGUGUUGCACUGUGAGCUGAGACUGGAUGCAUGCAACAAUAAAGCAACUAAACUUCA